CAGACAAACGUGAAGUCCAUCAUGGCGAAGUUCAGCCCUUCCAACAACCCAGCCGAGGAAGUUCACAGCCGACAUGUCAAAAUGGCAGGACAAUCUUCCCUGGCGACGAAAGCUGCAUUUGAGAAGUUUUCUCAUUUGGAAAAUGCUGGUCCACCUGCCAGACCCAGCACUCUUCAAAAGUCUCCGUCUUUCAGACCUCCUUUGGGCCUAAAACCUUCUCUUCAAGACUCACCAGACAAGGAACCAAAGCCACCCCCUCUGAAAAGCAGCCCGGCAGCCCACAAGUAUGCAGCGCUAGCUCAGGCGACCAGCAGAGACGUCAACGAAAAGGUGAGCUUCCCUAAGCCUUUGGGUCCCAAGCCUACCGAAAUCCUAAAAGAGAACUCCAAGCCAGUGUUUCCAAAGGUUCCGGACAACAGGCUGCCCGGCUCCACGCUGCCCAUGAAAAAUGAGCUCAAGCCUUCAGGACUGAAGCCAAACUUUAAAUCGGAACUACAAGAAACACCAGAGACCAAACCCGUGUUCCAAAAGCUAGCAGGAGUUAAGGAAACAUUUAUCACUGCGUCACAGGAAAAUGACUCCAAACCUCUUUUUCCAAAGGCUAUUGUGAAGCAGAGACCUUCUUUAAUUCAUCCUGCCAACAAUGAAGAGACUCCCAACAAAAAUGUUUCUUUGAAUCAGGCCCCUCCACCCCUCCGGGGCCCCAAACCAAAAACCCACUCAUUUAAGUCCCCCAAGGAUGCCGAGGAAAAGAGCACCAGUGGUGUUGACUCCAGUCCUACACCUGUCCGUUUUCCUGUCAGUUUGAAACCUGUCAGCAACCAGAACAAACCGCCUCAUGGUCUCCCAAAAUCUUAUGGACAGCAGAAUGAAGAAACAAGGCCAAAUGUCACCAAGGAUGUUUUCAGAAGCAAACAUGGGGACUCGGGAUCACCUUCUACGCCUGCUAAAUUUGUGCCUUCCAGAGUGGCUACCUCAGGGCCUUGGGCCAAUAACCACGAGAAAGGAGAGAAGGAUUUGGCUGGCCCCAAACGGAAGGCAAUACCUCCACCGUUCAAACUGGGCCCAGCCCCAACCAAACCGAGCAGGCCUCCAGUGGUGGACCUGGCCAGAUUCCAGAAAGAUAAAGACAGUUCCAACGAAUCCCAUCCAGUGCCUUUACCGUCUCCACUCCCACCACCCAUUUCUGCCACACCUCCACCUCCACCACCACCACCACCACCACCACAUCCUUCACCUUCCCACCCAUCAACGCAAGCACCAGUUCUCCCUCCGAGAAACAUCAAACCUAGGUCUGAUGCCAGAAACUCAGAAAAUGAAGAAAACUAUGAUGAUGUUGAUGUUGUUGAAGGUCCUGGAAAUUCAGAUGAGAGUGAAGAGGAGAUGUAUGAAGACAUAGAUGUGAGACAUCCAUCUAAAGAUCGUGAAAGGAAAAGGGAGAAGUUAGAAGAGAAAAAAUCUGAUCAAGAGAAGAAAGAACAAAAAGAACAAAAAGAAAAAGAGAAAAAAGAGCAGGAAGUGAGGAAGAAGUUCAAACUAGUGGGUCCCAUUGAAGUCCUUCACCAAGCUAGAUCUUGCACUGACUACAAAGGAGGGAAGAAUGAACUGACUUUCAGACAAGGGGACAACAUUGAAAUAAUCCGUAUUACAGACAAUCCAGAGGGGAAAUGGCUGGGAAGAAUAAGAGGCUCCUAUGGCUACAUUAAAACCACAAUGGUGGAAAUUGACUAUGACUCUUUGAAAAGAAAGCCACGACCUUUGAUCAGCAUUCAGCCGACGCAGCCAGACAGUGACCAAGAAGUGUAUGAUGAUGUUGGGGACCAAGACAGCACUGGCAGUGGAGGUCAGAGCGCCACAGGGGUGACAUUUCCUCCUCCUCCCACCCCUGAUGAAAUUUAUGAUGGAGUUGAUGAUGAUGAUGAUGUGCCACCAAGGUUUGUGUCACAGGAUGAAGAUAAGAGUAACUCCUGGCCCCGAGGGCUAUUGAAGAUUAUAAAGGGAAAAGAUUACCAAAAGAAAAGUGUACGAGGGACAACACCUAAAGUCAAUGUGAAAGAAGAUAAUGGAGGCCCCCCCUCUCCUUUAACAAAGCAAACUGGGAAGGAUUCUGGUGACAGUGAUGUCUAUGAUGAUGUAGAGCCAUCUGAUUUCCCUCCACCCCCCAAAAUAAUCAGCCAAGGGAUAAAUACAAAGCCCCUGAACUUUGGGAAAAACAGAUCCGAAGAGCGAGACUCACAGAAAGCUAAGAAGAUGGAGAAAGAGGAAAAAGAAUUCCGAAAGAAGUUUAAAUUUGAAGGAGACAUUCGAGUCCUGUACUCAACAACCAUUAUGCAAGCACCCUCUCCGAAGAAAAAAGCUUCAAAAGACUUACUGGUGAAACCGGGAGACUCUGUUGAUGUUAUUAAAAAUGUGGAUGGUACCAAAGUCCUGUGUAGGAAUGAAGAAGGAAAAUAUGGCUAUGUUCUCAAAAGCUGCUUAUUGGAUGAUGAUGAAGAAAUUUAUGACGAUAUCGCUGAAGACUGCAUAUAUGACAAUGAUUAACUGCGGUUUUCUUCCAACAUGAACAUCAUCUUUUCUGAAGCUCCAGGUUGAUCCCACAGUUACAUCGGAGAUCCCUGUUUCCAAACAACAAGACGGGUCUCCCCGUGGAGUCAUGAGCAGGUUGCUGGACUAUAUCCCUGCUUUAUUUCAUUGUGCCAAGAAGUAGACCUCUGAACCGUUUCCCUAACCAGUCAAUAGAGUAGGAAACCGAUAAAUCAUUGGGUUAACCAUCUGGUUUUCCUGUUUUCACAAACGGUUUCUGUUUACUAAGGGUAUACUUUCAAAUGUCCCACGAAAAUCAAGGGUUUUAUGUUAUUUGCAACACUCCUGCUGUCACACCAAUGAUCACUGCAUAAGGCAUAAGGCACAAAAACACAAAUCCACCCCAUUUUACCUGUUCAUAUCUGCUCAUUUAUUGUUCAAUAGUGUGUCCUGGUUUCUGAAGGAGAUUGUAACUGUUUUGUUUCAUUUUGUUUUUGUUCUUUUUUUAAAAAAAAAAACUUAAUA